AUGUUGAAGCAACCAGACGCUACUCCCACUCCCACUCCCGCCCCCACCCCAGCAACAAGGGCAAGGAAUAGCGGUGAUACAGUGGGUGCUGCCAGAGGGCUUGCAGCAGAGGGCUCUGCGUCUCACACGCGGAGCUUCGCCACCAGCCGGAAGGUGCAAAAGUUGCUUGACAUCACCGUUAACGAUAAUUUUCGCGAACUUGUGCUUUACAUGAAUGACGCCGUUCCGGAAUUUCUGGAAAAUUUUCUGCCGCCCUCCGCGGAUGUGUCAACCGUGGAGGAGGAGAGAUCCGCCGUGCAGAGGCGCUCACCCCAACAACAACAAAAGCAACAGCAGAAGCUGGCCGCAUCCAUUUCUUCUUCAACAGCGCUGCGAUCUGCGUUGGAAGGUCGUGUUGUGGACCUGCACCGGUACUUCUUGCAGGAGUGGUCCACCCUCAACGAGGUUUUUGAAGAGGUUUCCGACACGGUUUCGAAGUUGCACCAGGAAAGCGAAGUUCUACAGACCUCCCUCGACUCACAUGCGGCACGCACUAAGGAUUUUGUGGCUCUCAUGACAACCCUUCAGGCGGAACUGUCGUUGGUGCAGCAGCGUGAUAGAGAAAUGAAGGAAUUUCAGGAGAAGUAUCACUUUGGCACGGAGGAGCAGGAGGUUCUCAAUGAGAGUCCAGUGGACGCCACGUACCUUGACGUUCUACAGAGUGCGCAGAAGACACACCGAAAGUGCCGCGAGUUAUUACUCUCACGUAAACACUACCAAAGUGCGGCGUCUAUGAUGGAUAUUACGUAUUUGGCAAUCAUGAAGGGGACGGAAAAGGUUGCACGUUAUUUAAUCUCUGCGUCUGCGGCCGUGCCAGGUGCUGUGGGUUUUGGUGCUGAUGCGCCUGAAAUGACGAGCUUCUGCCUGCGGUGCGUCAACUUUUUGCGCGAAGAGAACAUCAAUCAGUGGGCGGCAGUAGUGGAGGAGGUGGCGCGGCUGCGGCGUGCUGCGGUGUUGCGACAGUAUUUUCAUCUCAUGACAACUGGCUCUGCCACAACGUUGGCUGGAACAUACCGUGCAGGAGGCAAAAGCAGCGAGGCGUCAAACACCACUGGGGGGACACGCCCGUUAGAAGCAGAAAUUGGCAAUCCAAUCUUUUUUUUCAGUUCACUCUUUGCCUGGCUUCAUCAGGUUAUUGUAGACGAAGAGGAUUUUAUGAGCGCUUUUUUCCCACCUACGCCGUCACAAGGAGUGUCUCUGACCACGCCGACAGGUACACGUUCUGCUGAGAAGGGUGCCGUUGUGGCCUACGCAGCUAAAGAGGGAGACACAUUGGCACAAGAAGACGUGCUUGGUAACGCCAAAAAUUCAGAGUUGCCACUGACGAAAGCCACUGUGCUGGACUCCAUCUUUGAGGUGCUCCCCAGGCACAUUCAGAGUGUGCUGGAGGGUGUGUUGGAGCGCUUCCUGCGCCAAGCAUCGAGUCUUCAGGAUGGGGAUGCUUCUGGUGCUGGCGGUGGCAGCGUCGGAGGCGGAGGCGGUGGUGGCGGUGGCGGUGUGUUGUCAACUCCCUCCGGUCCGAUUGGCCUUACUGGCGGAAUUACGCGGUGGUUUUCUGCGGCAACGGGACGUGUGGCUUCGUUGGCGCCCAAUUCUGCCAGCGGUGUGCAGCGCUAUCAACAUGUGCUGAAUCGUGCGCAACAAGAGGCAAUUGUUGGGGUGACGCUUGUGGGGCUCACCGACGGGCUUCGCACGGCCCAUGCUCUUCUGCAGCUUUUUACGUACUGCGGUCAUAGCACUUUCAUUGCACUCCUCGGACGCGAGGCGGCACUCACGCGCCUUAUUGUAGAUGACGCGAAGCUGCAGCUCCUUCGCGUGUAUCACACCAUCGCCAAACAGCUCAUGGAGCACUCGCUGGAUAGUGUGGGCAGCGUUGUGAGUCGCUGCACCGUUCUGCGUCGUUUGGCCUCUGCAGAGGCGACGCCUGCGAUGGAGGUGGCCAACAAAAGUGGAGACGCGGCAACGUACUUUGUCACGAAUUUUCUCUUUUUGUAUGCCGCUGAGGAGGACGUGGAUGCGGAUAGUGUCGUUCUUCACGAUGACCGCGCGAAACCGCCUCAGUUGCAAGUGCAACAGACGCAACAGCUUUUGCUCGCCGGGGGAGGCGCAUCCUCUCCUGGGAAUCGUAGCGCCAGCGGCAACCCGUACCACCGCAGUGGGCUAUCGAAACGUCAAGCACAGUGCGUGGACCUUCUGCGGGUGUUGUAUUCCAUGAUUCUUCCCACCCCUCCAGAGGUGGAAGAUUGCCUACGCGUUCUGCAUGCCACAAUGGCUGAAGCGGAAAAACAUGUGGAGGUCAUGGAAGCUGUGCAGGGAAUGCUGUCCAAGGGCGCGACACAUGUUAGCUCUGCUCCUGCCAGCGCCCCAGCUUGUCAUGAGCAAUUUUUUACCGUGCUGGUGCAACACGUGUUGUCGUUUCCUCUUGUGCUCGCGCGUCACGCCACCGUGAGCAGCAGUCUCGAUGACCCCUGCAAGCUGGCGUUGCAGCUUAAUACCAUGUCUUCCCUGCAGGAAGCACUCGCACCCUACCUGGGCCUACUCGAGCUUUCAAGUGAAGCUGCGGGUCAUACAACACCGCUGUCGAACGUUGUUCCAGAACGGGUUCAGCAACUUACAACAGAACUGACAACUAUGCUUUCGCAAUGUGCUGUGCGGCACUACUUUUGCCGACGUCCACACGACAGUGUGACACAGUCAGUGGAAGGCGGAGAGGAUUUGGCCUGCAGUUGCAGUUUCAAUACGGUGGGUGUGGAAGAAGCAUUUGAGCUAGAUGGCGAACAGUUAGAUGCAUCCACCGUUUCCGCGCAACUUCACGCAUUUUACGGCAUGGUGGCAGCUUCAGGUCGAGUCUACAUUCCUAUCAUUGCCGCAGUACGAUCACCCCGUCUACGGGAACAAAUUGCCCAGGGAGUCUUACGAAGACUAUGUGAUGUGUAUGAGUUGCGCUACAAGCGACUUCUCAAACUUCAGCAGCAGUCAACUUCAGCGGAUGACGAGGCGGCUGUGUCGACUUCCCCUACGCCUUUUAAUGACCUUGAACCGAGGAAGCUGCGCAUUUUACUGGAGGUGACACCGCCUUGA